UGUACGAAACUAUCGUACACUCAAAGUGUAAACACGGCCCCAAGCGCUGAGUGCACGACCUCUGUUGCACGACUCUUGCAUCUGCACGACUCCUGCAUCUGCACGACCACUAGUGUUCGGGAAGAGGAGGAGGAGAGGUGUAGAGCGAGCACUUGUGAGAGGCGAGGAUGAGCAAGCGGAAACACCCAUCCAGCGCUGGCAACCCCAAUGCUUCCAUCUGUGAUCUCCUCUUGGAAAUUGCUGAAUAUGAGAAAAAUGUAAACCGCAACACAUACAAGUAUAAUGCCUAUCGCAAUGCCGCAGCUGCUCUUGCUCAACACCCAACUCGAAUUGAGAGUGGAAGUGAAGCAAAGAAGCUCAAGGGUGUGGGAUCCAAGAUUGGGGAGAAGAUUGAUCAAUACAUCAAGACUGGUCAGAUGAGUAAAGUGGAGAAGAUUCGUGGUGAUGAUACAAAUACUGCAAUUAAUCUUCUAACUCGUGUGUCUGGCAUUGGCCCAGCCAAAGCACGCGAGCUAGUUGACGAAGGUAUCACAACCCUAGAAGAUCUGCGUAAAAAUCAAGAUAAGCUUAAUCACCAUCAGGUCAUUGGACUGAAGUACUUUGAUGAAUUUGAGAUGAGGAUUCCCAGAGAUGAAGUUGAGAAAAUAGAGAAGCAGUUGAACAAGCUCAUCACCACUCACGACUCCGAUUAUCUUAUUACAAUCUGUGGCAGCUAUCGGCGUGGAGCCAAAAGCAGUGGUGACGUGGACGCUUUACUGACCCAUCCAUCCUAUACUUCUGAAUCCAGCAAGUGUCCUUCACUGAUUAAGAAUGUAGUCGAGACACUGAAGGACAAUGGUCUGGUGACGGACACUCUCUCCCAGGGCGACUCUAAAUUCAUGGGUGUGUUCCAGCUGGAGGAGAACUUGCCUCACCGCCGUCUUGAUAUCCGACUUUUGCCCCACGACCAGUACUAUUGUGGGAUCCUCUACUUCACCGGGUCAGAUAUGUUCAACAAGGCUAUGAGGGCACAUGCUUUAGAACAAGGCUUUACUCUCAAUGAAUACUGCAUCAGACCUAUUGGCAGCACAGGUGUUCCUGGUGAGGCAUUGCCGGUGUCAUGUGAAAAAGAUAUAUUUGAAUACAUAAACUAUAAAUACAAGGAACCUUAUGAACGCAAUGCAUAGUAAAUGAUGCAGAAGACAUAAAUACAGGUGUGUGUCUUAUGUGCAGGGUUCAGUUCUGUAAAUCAUCAGCGUAUAAUAAAUGACACAGCAACACAUAUAAACUUUCUCGGACUAUUAUGAAUAAUGUGGACAAUUUAGAGGAUUUGUGUAAUUUGUUUUUAACUGUACAUUAAUAUAGUUAAGUUUGUAAAUGCUAGUCAUUAGAAGUAGCAUGUGAAAUAUUUGUUAAGGAUUUUCCAGUGCAUGUUUGGCAAUCACACAAGUGAACUGCAUUGUCUCUCAUACAAUUGCUCACCUCGUAGAAUGAUCUGAUUUUUCAGGAUGAUCAAAGAUUUUGCUUUUCCAGUGUCCACUCGACCCAAUUGUCCCCUCGGUAAAAUCCUUGGUGAAUCCAGUACUUCUGACUCGUCAUAUGUCCUCUUUGCUCUGGUAUUGGCAUCAUGAAUUAUGUCUCAGAUAUUUUUUGACUGUUGUGCACCACAGACAGUGCUAAAUAGUCUUCCAGUCAUGGUGCUUUCUGAUGCACCAUGAUGCCAUCAUGGGGAAGAUGAUGGCGUUAUCUUCUCUUAAUCUCAAAAGAGAAAAUGAUGCAUUUAUUAGUUGGUUUUCAGCAACAGUAAUGUGUUAAUGGUGAGACGGGCCUCGGCAAGGACUAGCAAGUAGGACAUAGUACUGUAGGGUAUAUGGCAAGUAUCAAGUAUGCCCAGGGCUGUAAAAGCCAAAGUCAUGAGCAAACUGUGUUCAUUGAAAUGCUAAUUUAGAGGUUGUUAUGUAUCACAAUCAAUGUAUCACAGCUGCGGUGAGAGUGUACUGUUUAGAACUUAUAGUGGGCAAAAUUGUUUAUGAUAUAUUCGUUGAACCAUUUAUGGUAUAUAAGGAGUUUUACUAUUUAAGCCACAACUUGACAGCAUGAUCGCUUAGUGCUUUAUUUUGAUAAUUAUUUGCACAGUCUGAGUUGAUAUUUAUUUUUUUAGAUAUAUUACAAAAAAGUAAUGCACGAAAUGUGCUAGCAUGUUUCGUGUAUUUUCUUAAUAAAUUUGUGGGUCGCGUCGUUUGUCAUUCACAGUUGUAUUUGAAUUUAAAAAAGUGUAUUUCUUCAGCUUGAACAGUUUUUGUUCUGUGUGAACAGUAUUUCUUCAGCAUGAACAGUGUUUAGCCAUAAUCAAACAUAUAAUGUACAAUAAACAUAAACUUGGGGCAGUCUUUUUGGGCAUUAUGUUGUUUACUAAUUUAGUUUAGUAAUUUCAAGACUUUAAAGACAUUAUAGAACAGUUGAAGCAAUAAUCUACAUUUACGUUUUACUUCAGGAAAUAAUCAGUCAAGAAAAUAUUGUAUAGGUUCUUUCUUAUAUGUUUAAUGAGACUUAAUACUUCACAAAUUUCCUGAGGAGGAAAUAUGUCGGUACUACCCAGUCUAAUUGAUUGAAUUGAAAAUGCAAUAACCCUUCCAUUUAUGCAAGAGAGACAUCGCAGGAAAAUGUCAUGCAUAGCAAAUUUGCACAGUGGUCCAUAACUUCCCAUUCCUCUUAUCAGUAAAACACCUUCGUGAACAUUAUUUCUGUUUAAUCCCACCAUUCUACAGCCACAAAUAUAGUACAUUCUCAAUAGCAAAAUACUGUACUUGGGAGGUUAUUUCAGGCAAGAAAGGAUUACAAAUUGUCUUUAGGUAUACAAUAAGUGAAGACGUGGAAUCUCAGUAUGUUACAUUUUGUUCACUAGCAGGAACUAAUUGAUGUUUGGAUGAGAGCACUUAUGAGUGAUGGAAUGUCUAAUAAGACAUUUCCUGAAGCUCCCACUUACCUCAUAUGUGGGUGUGCAUUGCUGAAUUAUUGAAAUAUCAUAAUUUUCACAAAUUCAAGAUUCACUGCAAAGAGUAAUGAGGCCUUCCCUCAGUUAAAUACAUGUGGAAAUAUAGGCCUUUCCCUCAGGUGUGAAUAGGUUGACCUUCCCCUUGAAUGUAUUCAGUACUUUGUUAUGUAUAUGAAGACUAAACCACACACCAGAAAAUGAGGAGACGACAACGUUUCGGUCCGUCCUGGAUCAUUAUCAAGUCGAUUGUGAUGAUGGUCCAGGACGGACCGAAACGUCGUCGUCUCCUCAUUUUCUGGUGUGUUGUUUAGUCUUCAUAUCUUGAGCCAUGUUAUUGUGACUCGUCGUCUUUGUUAUGUAUACUUUAUCAUAAGUUUUCUUUGCAGUAAAUUUAAAUGUGCAGUGCAGGAAAACACAGUCUAAAUAAAAAAAGAAAAACAAAUUUGGAUUUGACAAAUUUUAGAGUGAACAUUUUCAGUAUUUCUUGUCCUAGGGCAAACAACUAUGUAUGGUUCAGUGUAACUUAUUUUAUUAUACACUAUUUAUGGUUUAUAAGGAUGGUCAAGGAUUAUGAAGUAUUUUUAUGUAUUUUUAGUAUACAAAUAAAUCAUUAUUUAAAUUACAGUAAAGUAUUAUUAUUGAUGUCUGUGUAACAUUUUUAAAGAGAAGUUAUGUACAGUCUUAAGUGAUUGUGUGGGGGUGAUGGGGAAGUGAUUGUGUGGGGUGAUUGUGUAAGCACACAACUGCUUCCCAACACAAAAAAAACAAAACAAAAAUAACUCAAAAAUAAAAGAAACUGCAAACUGC